UUCACACCUCCCACGCACCACACUCACUCACCAUAGCUGCUAUGCCAGGACGAUAGCAUCAGUAACAUGCUUCAAAUUUGAACUCCCUAAUUAAUUUAAUUACACCAAUAAAUAUUUCCAUAAAAUAAAAUGACUUGCGUUUAUAUUUUGUCUUUAUUACCAUUUCUACCCUCCAAAUUUUCCAACUUUCAUCCCUCUCUCACACGCCGCACGCCAAUUAUCUCUCGUACUCCGCCAUUCCGCCGGAGAACGCGUCGGAAUCAGCCGGAGAUGGAAAUGUCCGGCACUUUUCCGAGGUCUAGCUCCUCUCUCCGAAUCAGUAGCGAGGAUAGCGACCCUUUUUUGCUUUCUCGUAUUAAUGCUGGAAAAGAUGACGCGUUAACAACUGAGAUCGAUCUAGAGGCUUCUUCCUCUAGUAAAGUGGCUCCUAGAAAGCACAAAUAUCGUAUGAGCAGCAUCAAAUUGUUUGGGGUAGAGUUAUCCCCUGACAAUGUUGCUGUUGCGAUGGUGUAUUUUGUUCAAGGUGUUUUAGGUCUUGCAAGACUGGCUGUCAACUUUUACUUAAAAGAUGAUUUGCAUUUGGACCCUGCUGAGGCAGCUGUGAUUGCUGGUUUAUCUUCUUUACCGUGGCUUGUCAAGCCUCUGUACGGGUUUAUUAGUGAUUCGGUCCCCCUCUUUGGUUAUCGAAGAAGGUCAUACCUGGUUUUGUCAGGGCUGUUUGGUGCACUCUCAUGGAGUUUGAUGGCUACUUUUGUUGACAACAAAUACAGUGCUGCUUUUUGCAUACUUCUUGGAUCUUUCUCUGUUGCUUUCUCGGAUGUUGUUGUAGAUUCAAUGGUUGUGGAGAGGGCACGUGGAGAGUCACAAAGCACCUCGGGAUCUCUUCAGUCUUUAUGUUGGGGUUCUUCGGCCUUUGGUGGAAUUGUGAGCUCGUAUUUCAGUGGGUCUUUACUGGAUGCAUAUGGAGUCAGGUUUGUUUUCGGGGUCACAUCAUUGCUUCCGUUGAUAACAUCUGUGGUUGCCAUUCUUGUAAAAGAACAACCAAUGCUCAGUGCAGCUACGGGGCCAAAUUUUCUUUUUGCCGGGACAGAGUUUUUGGAAAGUUCAAAACAGAGCAUUAUUCAGCUGUGGGGUUCUGUGCGACAGCGUAGUGUUUUUCUUCCCACUCUGUUUAUUUUCUUGUGGCAAGCAACUCCGCAGUCUGACUCUGCGAUGUUCUACUUUACCACAAAUUCUCUUGGUUUUACCCCGGAGUUUUUGGGACGUGUCAAGCUUGUUACCUCAGUUGCGUCUCUGCUUGGUGUUGGUAUUUAUAAUGGAUUUUUGAAGAAUGUCCCUUUACGGAAAAUAUUUCUUGCAACUACCCUUUUAGGUUCAACACUUGGGAUGACUCAGGUUUUCCUUGUUACUGGACUAAACCGGAAAUUUGGCAUUAGUGAUGAGUGGUUUGCAAUUGGUGAUUCAUUAAUUCUCACUGUUUUGAGUCAGGCUUCUUUCAUGCCCGUUCUUGUGCUAGCAGCAAGAUUAUGUCCUGAAGGAAUGGAGGCAACUCUUUUCGCAACUCUCAUGUCUGUAUCUAAUGGAGGGAGUGUUGUUGGGGGAUUGUUAGGGGCGGGCUUGACUCAACUAUUUGGAAUUACCAAGGACAAAUUUGAUAACUUGGCACCUCUGAUAAUCCUGUGCAAUCUUAGCUCAUUAUUGCCUCUACCUCUUCUUGGCCUUCUCCCUGGGAACAAUCCUGAUGGGAAUCCAGAUGACGAUUCCGAUAUUGAGAUGAAGUGUCAUUGAUUCUGGUUGUUUGUCCUUGGCUUUUCAGGGACUUGUCUGUCUUUGUCAAGCUAUAGCUCUCAUUGUUUGCAAGUUCAACAGAUGUCACUUAAACUUACAGAAAAAAAAUUGUAUAUGUAUAUACGAUGCUCAAGUUUCUACCAUGGGUUUUACCAUGACACCGAAGUCGAGUUAAAAUCAAAACUGUUUGAUUUUGUGGAGAAAAAAGCUUCUAGACAAUAUGAUCGUAGUGACUCAAGAUAGUGCUAACCAUCAACGACAGAGUGUCAGUCUCGUCAGAACUCUGAACUAUCAUUCACGGGGUUCUUUUGUAGUGUACUUUCUCCUUUUUGUUUAAUCAUGCACCCUUUUACUUCUUUGUAAGAACUUGGGGGCUCUGUAUUUAUUAGCCAAUAAUCGUGAUUCGAUAAUAGGAAUCGCCAUUAGGCUGCUUACGUGUUUCUUUAA